CUGAGUUGUUAGUAAUGUCGAGUCGGAAAGGCCGUUUCUUCGGGGACGCGGCGAGCUAAGAGGAAUUUCACCCAGGAUAGCCUAAAAAUGCCAUCUGAACUCUCGUAAAUUGGUUGCCAUUGCAGCUGAGCAGAGAUGGCGCCAACACCAACUCCAGCCCCUCUGGAGAGUGGGAGUGGAGGUGGCCCCAUGGAGACUGUGGGGUCAAUGGGGGGCCAGAUGGGAACCAUAUCCUUAGGGGUUCUCAUUCAGUAUAUUAACCAGAGAACCUAUUCAGAUCUGCUCAAUUUAGCAGAAAUUUUGCCUAGGAAAAGUGAUUUAGAAAAGAAGAUAGACAUAGUUCAAUAUGCCCAACGGACUAGACAGCUUUAUGUUCGUCUCUUGGCCUUGGUCAAAUGGGCAGCCAGUGCUUCAAAAGUGGAUAAAUGCUGUCAUAUUAUGGCACUGUUGGAAAAGCAAAAUAAUCUCUUUACCUACACAGCUGAUAAGCUGUACCACAUGACCAAAGAAAACUUAGUAUGUGCUCGUCUUCCUCACUUUCACAUCCCAGCUGCUGUAGAAACACUCACUACUGGUUCAUAUGACAGGUUACCAUUAACCAUACGGCAGCGUAUCCUUCCACCAGAGCCAAUCACCGCAUUGGAACGCAAACAAACACUAACUCGGUUGGAACAGAUCAUUCAGCAUCGUUUGGUUACAACUGAGCUUCCACCACAAAUGAGGACAAGCAGAAUUGAAAAUGGUCGUGUAAAGUUCACCGUGGAGCAUGAGUUUGAAGUUAGUCUCACUCUCAUGGGAGAUAGCAUAACUGAGCCUUGGAGGCUUCUGGAAAUUGAAAUUCUGGUUGAAGACAAGGAAACUGGGGAUGGCAAAGCUCUUGUUCAUCGAAGACAGGUACUAUUUAUUCAUCACCUCAUUCAGUCAAGAUUACAGGACAACCCAAAACCUUUACAUGAGACCUACAUGGUUCUACACUCUUUCUGUCAGGCAUUGCAACUGGAGGUCCUUUUUGUGCAAACACAGAAGCUCUUGGAGGACAGACUGGACUUCCACAUUCGUAUUGAGGAAUACUUACAAGGAAGGUCCCUCACCUUGACCUACUGGAGAGAGUUGACACAGCGUGAUCCCUCAGCUCAGUUAGGAUACAGACUCACUGUACAGGUUGAUCCUACAGAGCCCUCAAAGCCACUAAUGGUGUUGCAUACACCAUCCUUAGGAUCUAAGGAAUCGGAGAUUGCUGAACGUGCUAUCCGUAGUGACCACUUGUCAAUUGAGAGAUUAUUAGUUCAUACAAUUUAUCUAAGGACAAAGAUUCGGCUUUCUGAACUGAAGCAAGAAAUGGAUUCUAAGCUAGGAAAUGAUGCUGAAAAAUGUCAGCUUAGUGGAUCUCCAGCAGUGCUUCAUGUGCCCAUCCUCCAACCAAAUCUAAGAUCUGAACAGCUGUUAAUCACUGUGGACACUCACACAGGGGUGCUUUUACCUCACAUCCCACAGUAUGACAACUGCCACAUAAUUUCAGACUUGCAAAGUGCUCUGAACCAUGACAAAUCAAAAGUGGAUGAUUUGAUCUCAGAACUCAGAUACUGGCUCAUGGUACGUCGCACAGAAAAAACCCUGCAGCAUCUUCCGGCAACAGCCCAUGAACGUCUGCCUCUCAUGUAUUUUGCCACACAUCCACUAAAUUCCCUUGGCAAGCACAAGGUCUUUAUUACAUUCCACAAACAUCCUGGAUAUGUUGUGAUUGUAGAGUUCUGUGAGAAAGAAGGAAGUCCAUGUGAAAUAGAGCAAAGCCUCUAUUUUAUGGUAGUCAAACAAGCAAGUAUUGAGGACAACCCAAAUGAUGACACAGUGCAAACAGCACUGCCCAAGUCUUACAUGCGGGCAUAUGACCUUGUGAAACUGGAUUCUUUUGUGUGCACACAUGGACCUUCUACCAAAGUUGAUGUUAUAGAGCCAGGAGAAAGAGCCUUGGGAGGUAAGAGAAAACUACAGCAGCGAGCAGAGCCAGCUAGCAAGAGAGUCAAGGUGCCAGCCUACUUCUUGCCAGAUGUAGCCCAAUGUGUUGCUAUGAGUGAUAUGAAACUACCUCUUACACACUUAUCACUCAAGCUUCGUGAAAGGAGUGUGUUCAACACUGGAGAACAAGUAGAGGAAGGCGGUAUGGGAGUGCUUCUACGAUUGAUUGAUCUGCCAUCAGUUGAAGGCUUAUCUUCUGACACUGUGAUAGCUUUAAGAAAAAACCUUCUCUCUUCUUCCAUCAGAAUUCAAGUUCCGCAAUUCAAAGGUUCUCGGGUCUUUGGAAUGGAGUACCUGUUUACAAACUGCCCUGUGACAAGCCAGCACUCUCGUGAGCAAGGACCACGUCGUGCAGCAUACUUUACCUAUGAAGUAACAGAAAAUGUGAACAGUACAGUAGAUGCCAUAUUGGCGGAUUGGACUGUUAUCUCACAGCUGUAUCAGCUGGUUCUCACAUUUGCAGCUCAUCUGUCAGCUUCCAGAGCUGGUGUUGAAUCAGCUGGAAGUAGCAGUAGCUGCAGUAGCAGUGGGGCUAACCCUAAAAGCUUAAGCGAGAUGGUGCGAGUGAAGUCAUUCAACUACAAAAGCAUGACUCUUGCUUAUGGCCCCAGCUAUGAUGCGUUUGUUAUCAUAAGAUACAAUGCAGAAAAGAAGGCCUUCACUUUAAGCUUUGGUAUGAGUGGGGAGGGAGUGUGGGCUACAAACCCUCACACAGUCAUGCAGGACCAGUUGCAGGACCUAGUCAACCACCGAGGCCACAUGGGACUAGUGGACUUGGCCACAACAUUGCAUCAUACAUAUCAGCCUCUCUUAGCAAUAUCCAAACUUUCACCAACACUUCAUCUUGGAGUUAUUGACAAGAGACAGCAACCUAUCAAGAACCUGACAGUUCUACCACAGUCACCAACACGUGUCAGUAUUGUGUAUCGCAACAUUUACUGUUUAAAUGUUGACAUGCUUCCUAAUGGGCUUGUUGCAAUAAGAGAUGGAGCAUUCAGCAGCUUUGAAACUUCAAAAUUGAUAGAAGAAUUUAUCCCAGUUCAAGGACUGAAGGCAUUCCUCAGCAAAUAUGUAGAUGAAACUGCUAUCAACAGAAGAAGAUCACAGUCAGAAGAUGAUAAUCCUCCAACACCAAUACCCUUGGAUGACAACCCUUGGCCCACACCAAAGGCUGCUUCUCCUGCUCGUCAUGGCCCCAUGACUCCACCCAUCUCUUCCAACCCACACACGCCAGCCAGCCCUCACCCAGUGGGCAUGACCCAGACAAGUGGACAUGGAGGCUUUGUGUCAAGUCCUGCAACAAGUGGCUUCUCUCUUGCUUCUCCACCUUCUCUACCAGGGAUGAAUCCUUCUCCUGCAAUGUUGCCUCAUCAGUCACCCAGUUCAGGAUUCUUAGGGGCAAAUUCUCCCUCUGCACCUCAGUACAAUGUUGCAUCACCUGUUGGGUUCCUUGCACCUUCUCCAUUGGGUCCUCACUCUGUACCUAUGCAUUCUCCAGCUUCUGCACUCAUGCAGGGCCCAGCUGGAGGUGCAUCCUAUACCUCACGUGUGUUGCCGAACAAGCCAUAUGCUGCUGCAGUACCUACUGUUCUUACCCAUGAUGCAUUUCACACUCUCUGCUCCCCUGUUCAGGUGGAUGAAGGAAGUGAUACCAGCUUACAGUGUGUAGUGGAACAGUUCCUUGGCCUGACUUACAUAAAAAGGCACUUCCAGCAACUAUGCAAAAGUUGUGAAGUGAUAAAACCAGUUGGAGGCUUUGAACCUGGGAGUAUACAGUGCAAGAUUGAGACUCUGUGUUGUCAAUUGCUGGUGCACAGCACGCCAUCAUACAGCCUUAGUCUUAAACUACAGCCAGUACCUGAACAUGUAGAUCAGUGGACCACAGAGGAGUUGCAGGUUCUUGAAAAGUUCUUCAGUGUCAAAGUUCCAAUACCCCCAUAUAGACUGUAUGCGGUACACUCCUUCUACAGCAUCCUAAGGUUCCCCGUUCGUGUCCUUAAGGACUGUAUCCGCAUAAUGCAGCUUGAACUGCUUCAACUCACAAGAACCAACCUCCAGCUUCCGCCUGAUACUGAACCACCCAACUUAAUGCUGCCUUUGGUCUAUGACAGUAACAGUAACAAGACACAAAUAGCAGAGCGACGUGACCAAGGCAACGUCACUUUCCAGAUCGUCAAUGAAAUAAUGAGUCGUGCAGCUGUUCAACCAAAUGAAAUAUCCUUAUUCCCAUGUGUUCGGGAAUUGUUAUGUAAUUUAACAUUAGGUCCAGAUGGCAAUGCUGUGGCUGCACCACCAACAUCAGUAGGCCAGGGCACACCCACAUCAUCAGGAGGUACUGUUCCUCCAUCCCUAGCUUCACCUCAUCUAACCUCUCCCCACAUGGGAUCCCCUCUAACUCCUGGUUCUUCUGCUGCUACUCCUGGAGUGCAAGUGUCCAUGACCCCCACCAUGUCUCAGGGAAUGAUUUCAACAUCAGGCACUGUCACAACCAAUGUUUCUAGCCUCAGUACCCCUGGCAUGGUGUCUAGCCUGUCAUCAGGAAGUCACUUCACAGGGCCUAAACAAGGCACAACAGCUGGCCACAUGCAACAGACAAUGACAACCAUGGGUCCUCUUGGGCCACAAGGCAUGCAACCAAUGCAGAGUGCCAUGACCAUGACAGGAAUGCAACCAGGUCAUAUGCAGCAGCCAAUGACCUCCAUGGCAGGUGGAAUGAUGCAGCCUGGGGCACAUGGGAUGCAAGGAGGGCCUGGUGGAGUGCAGUCAAUGGCAGGCGGUCCAGGCGGCAUACAAGGGAUGUCAGCCAUGCAGGGAGGGCCAGGAGGAAUGCAGGGAGGUCCAGGAGGAAUGCAGGUUGGACCUGCAGGAAUGCAGGGAGGCCCUGGAGGCAUGCAAGGAGGACCAGGCAGCAUGCAAGGAGGGCCAGGAGGCAUGCAGGGAGGGCCAGGUGGCAUGCAGGGUGGGUUUGGCAGUGGCAUGAUGGGUCAGUUUAACCGGUAGAACUGCCAUCAAAAUUGUAAAUAUAUUUGAAUAUCUUGAUAGAGAUACUUUAGUAAUAAAGUAGUUUAAUGUAUAAGCUUCUUUUAUUAUAGAUUGAAAGGGAGCUCCUUUUUAUAAGUACAGGAAUAUUUUAUUUUUAAUAUUGCGGUACAGUAUUUAAAGGUUGAUAUUUUGAUUAUGUUGAUCAAUAUGUAUGUGAUGUACUUUGUUGAAGAGAUUUUUUAUUAAUAUUAUUAUGGACUUCCUAAUAUGAACAUAGUGUAAUAAAGUGGAAUAAUUCAA